CUACAGGCACAAUACAGGGCAGUGUAUGAGCUGGGAGUGUGUGACACACACCGGAAGUGGCCCCGCUCUGCGUCUGGCAUUCCCUACAGUGAGUGUAAGGGCCAGUGUGCGGGCACCCCUCUCCCUCACGCACAGAGACACCGGAAGUGGCCUUGGCUCUGGCUGCUCGGCGGUUUGGCGCCGGCGGAGGGAGUCCUUCGUGCGGCUGAGGAACUUCCGGUCGGCAUUUUGUUCUGUAAGGGAGACGCGGAUUUCGGAAUCCCCGGAGCGCCGCGUACCGACCGGACCCUCCCCCUUUCCCUCUCAUUCGCUGCCUCGUUGUGAGUCAGGGCCCGGGCCCCUUGUGCCCGCCGGUGCGUGGGCCGCUUUCCCUGUUGUGUAUGAGGCUAUCGGACGCCUGGGGCCUGGUCUCCUCCCUCCUGUGAUAGUGACGGUGCCCGGGGAGUUUAGUGCGCGGCGCCCGUGGGAGGCUCUGGUGUUUGUGCUCGGCGGGAAUCUCCUGAGUGGGUGCCCGGCGGCGGGAGGGUGGGGGGCAGGCCGGGGGGAAGGAGGAGGAGAAGGGAUCGGCUCCUUCCCCGCUCCCCCUCUCUCUACAUGUCCGCGCCAGGCCGGAUUAUCCUCUCCUUUGCCUCGGUGUGUGUGAGGAUUCCCCGGUGUGUGGCCCUUCCCCUGCUCUCUGCCCGGACUGGAAGCCGCUCAGCCAGUGUCUAGGAUGGGAAUUAACGAUAGCUGGCACUUUCAUUAAAAUACCUGCAUAGAUACCACCAUCCUACAGCUUCAGGAUGAAUGGGGAUAUGCCUCAUGUUCCCAUAACUACUCUAGCAGGAAUUGCUAGUCUCACAGACUUAUUAAACCAGCUGCCUCUUCCAUCUCCCUUACCUGCUACAACUACAAAGAGCCUCCUAUUUAAUGGACGGAUAGCAGAAGAGGUUAACUGCCUCCUGGCUUGCAGAGAUGAACCUCUGGUGUCGCAACUAAUCCACAGCCUGAAUCAGGUGUCAACAGACCACAUAGAACUGAAGGAUAACUUGGGGAGCGAUGAUCCCGAAGGAGAUAUACCAGUCCUGCUGCAAGCCACUCUGGCUAGAAAUCCCAAUGUUUUCAGGGAGAAAAGUUUGCAGAACAGAUAUGGAGUUCAAAGUGGCUUAAUGAUGCCUCAGUAUAAACUUCCCCAGAAUUCCAUGCAUGGCAGCCCUGUAUCUUCCAAUUAUCAACAAACCACUAUCUCUCAUAGUCCUUCCAGUCGUUUUGUGCCACCCCAGUCCAGUUCCACAAGCCGGUUUAUUGGCCAACAGAGCAGCCCUGUACCGAGUCCAUAUGCUCCCCAAAGUCCAGCAGGAUACAUGCCAUAUUCCCACCCUGGAAGUUACCAACAUCAACCAUUGCAACAAGCUUCUGUUUCAAGCCCUAUAGUUGCUGGGGGGCUUAGGAAUCUACAUGAAAAUAAAGUUUCUGGGCAGCUGUCAGGCAGCUCUGCAAACCAUCAUGCAGAUAAUUCCAGGCAUGGCGCUACUGAGGACUAUCUCCAGAUGGUGCACAGGCUGGGUGGUGAGGACAGUGAUUCUUCAAUAAGAAAUGCUGCUUCCUUUUCUCUCCGCUCUCCGCAGUCUGUGUGCUCUCCUGCUGGAAGUGAAGGGACGCCAAAAGGAUCAAGGCCAUUAAUACUACAGACACAGCCUCCUCCAUAUUCCUCUCCCAGGGAUGCUCCUCCUGACAUUCUCUUGGACUCCCCAGAUCGAAAGCAGAGGCGACCAAAAAAGUUAAAGAUAAGCAAAGAUGAGAAGGAACAGACUGAGAAGUCUGCAAUGUAUGAUAUUAUUAGUUCUCCUUCUAAAGACUCUACCAAGCUCACUUUAAGACUAACACGUGUGAGAUCUUCUGAAAUGGACCAGCAAGGAGAUAUGCUCUCCACUAUGGAAAACAGUAACAUGUCAGAGGGAGAUAGCACUUUUAAUGUGCAGUUCCCAGGGAAUGCUUCAAAAACACCGGUCACUCCACAGGACUUAAGUCGCCCUUUGAAUGCUGCUGCUUGUUUUCAGGAGCAAACUGAAUUCUUACAGGUGCAGCAAGUGCCUGUUUUACAACCCAACAUGUCAGCAGCUGCAAAACCGCCUCAACCUCUUGUGGCUCAAUCACAGCCCCAACAAACAGGAAGCAUAACGCCAUAUGACGAAGUGGAACUGGACGCUCUUGCUGAAAUUGAGAGAAUAGAGCGGGAAUCUGCUAUUGAGAGGGAACGCUUUUCUAAAGAAGUUCAGGACAAAGAUAAGCCCCUGAAGAAACGGAAGCAGGAUUCUUAUCCAUUAGAAGCUGGAGGUGCUACUGGAGGUAACAGACCAGCUUCCCAGGAGACCGGUUCAGCUGGAAAUGGGUCACGGCCAGCACUUAUGGUUAGUAUUGAUCUUCAGCAGGCCGGCCGAGGGGACUCUCAGGCAACUGUAACUCAGGACUCGGACUUUGCCAGAAAGGCAGAUGACACAAAGAACUGCAACGAUGGCUAUAUUUCUGGGCCUCAAGAGGACACUGUUUUCAAGCAUAAUCCUGAGAAUCAUCCGACGCCAUUAAGAAAGAGUGAGUCAGACGUGGAAUGUCCCGAUAAGUCUAACAAGAGCACAACUGCUAAGCUGUCAACUGAGAGUGGCCUAGAAGAAUCUUACAAUGAAACUAAAUUGUGUGACAUCAAAUCUGAACCUGUUGAGUGCAGCGAAGAAGCAAAGCUUUCUGGUGACUGUCCUAUGGAGACCAAGUCUGAAAGUUGUGAAAUAGAUUAUGACGACAAUAUGAUGGAGUACAAAAACAGCGAAGGUUUUAAUGAAGAUAUAAAGACUGAAGCACUGUUAAAUGAGACUGCAAAUGAUGUAAAAUCUGGUGACCUACAAGAGGAUUCUAAAGAAAAUGAAAACCAGAGUAAAUCUAGUAAAGUUGACAACAAGCUGGAAAUGCGACAAAAACUUAAUACUCCCAAGCAAAAGCAAAAUGAUGGCCAGCCAGAGACACCUAGACAAAAACUUGAAGGGAAGAGUGAGACAGUAAAGCAAAAAGUGGAGGUGAAAUCAGAAACCUCCAAACAGAAAGCAGAGGGAAAAUCAGAGACAAUCAGGCAAAAGAGUGAGGGGAAAACGGACACACCUAAGCAAAAGACUGAAGGGCAUCCGGAAACACCCAAGCAAAAGAGUGAAAAUAAGCCUGAAACACCUAAACAAAAGAAUGAGGGUAAGCCAGAAACACCUAAGCAAAAGAGUGAUAGCAGACCAGAAACGCCAAAGCAAAAGAGUGAAAGCAGGCCAGACACUCCAAAACAAAAGAGUGAUAGCAGGCCGGACACCCCUAAACAAAAGAGUGAAGGGCGGCAAGAUACAUCAAGGCAGAAAUGUGAAGGUCGGCAAGAAAUUAGCCGACAAAAAAGUGAGGAGCACAAAAGUGAUGGGCGUCCUGAAGCCCCAAAACAUAAACAUGAUAUGAAAAAAGAUCCCAACAGACUUUCCACAGAAAAGAAGCCAGAUUUAUCCAAACAUAAAACAGAUUCAAAAUGUGACUCUCCUAGAGUUAAGCCUGAGAGCCGUACAGAUGGAGCAAAACAGAGAGUAGAUGGGAGACCUAGUCAUGAAUCGUCAAAGCGGGACCGUGAGAACCCAAAACAGAAACCGGAUGACAAGGGGGAGUCUGAGAAACACAAAGGAGAAAUGUCAAGGCUUAGGAGGCCAGAGUCCUUAAGGUCGUUUAAUAAGAAUGAACAGGAAACAAGACCUGGAAAUAAAUCGGAUGCACCAAAAAUCGAUAAAGUGGAAAAGAAGCAUCGGCAUGAUUCGGAUGAGUCUAGGGAGAAGCAUUCUUCUGGGGAGCAAAAGCAAAGACCUAGUAGUCCCAGGAUAAAGCAAGACAGUAAAUCAGACCCUAGCAAAUCGGAUCCUACAAAAUUGAAAUCUGAUAAACCUGUUUUGAAAUCGCCUACUGGUAAAGAUGAAAAAAGGAUUGAUGGUAACAAAAGUAAAGUGGAGGGAAAUAAAGGUCACAGUGACAACAAAACUGCAUUUCCUAGUUAUUUGUUGGGGGGAAAUCAGGGUACGUUUAAAAACUUUGUCAUUCCUAAACUUAAACGGGAUAAGGAUGGCAAUGUUACCCAGGAACCUAGGCGAUCGGAGCCAAAAGGAGAGCAGAAGGACAAGCCGGAAAAGAUGGGUAUUGUGGAAGAUCUUAAUAAAGGAGCUAAACCUGUUGUUGUUCUUCAAAAGCUGUCUUUGGAUGAGGUACAAAAACUAAUCAAGGAGCGGGAUGACAAAUCCAAAGGAUCAUUAAAGUCUAACAAGAAUAGGCCCUCUAAAUCCAGCAAAGGGGGAAUUGAUCAGUCUGUCCUGAAGGAACUUCCUCCGGAACUGGUGGCUGAGAUCGAGUCCUCCAUGCCUCUCUGCGAGCGGGUGAAAAUGAACACACGGAAGCGAAGCACAGUCAAAGAGAAGCCGAAGUACACAGAGAUUAGCUCCGGAGAGGAUGAAGAAAGCGAGGAAGCCUUUGAACCUUCACGUAAAAGACCCAAAAAAGACAAAGCUGAUACAGAAUGGCAAUAUGAUGGUGACCGCGAACGAAGAAGUUCUGGUGACCACCGUCGCAGUGGCAAUGACUCUAGGAAAAGCAGUCGGUACAGGGAGCGAAGUGCAGAGGAUUCAGAAAUGGAAGAGUCUCCACCACCACCAAGGCUCAGCGAAGUUGCCAGAAGAAUGAAAAAAGAGCGUCAAAAGAAACGAAAAGCCUAUGAGCCUAAACUAACACCUGAAGAAAUGAUGGAUUCCUCAACAUUUAAAAGAUUUUCUUCUGCUGUGGAAAAUAUUUUGGAAAACUUGGAAGACAUGGAUUUCUCUGCAUUUGGUGAUGAUGAGGAGAUUCCUCAGGAGAUACUUCUUGGAAAGCACCAGCUGAGUGAGCUAGGAAGCGAAUCUGCCAAGAUUAAAGCUAUGGGUAUUAUGAAUAAGAUCUCAUCUGAAAAAAUGGUCAAGUUACUAGGCAUACUGGAGAAAAACAUUCAAGAUGGGGCGAAGCUGACAACUAUGCUGAACCAUAAUAAUGACACAGAAGACGAGGAGAAGCUGUGGAGGGAUCUGAUUAUGGAGAGAGUCACUAAGUCUGCCGACGCCUGCUUGACAGCCAUCAACAUCAUGACAUCGCCCAGCAUGCCUAAAGCAGUCUAUAUAGAGGAUGUGAUAGAGCACGUUAUACAGUACACUAAAUUCCACUUGCAAAAUACACUUUAUCCACAAUAUGACCCUGUUUAUAGGUUGGAUCCUCAUGGGGGUGGAUUAAUGAGUUCUAAAGCAAAAAGAGCCAAAUGUUCAACCCACAAGCAGAGAGUCAUUGUGAUGCUGUACAACAAAAUCUGUGACAUAGUUGCUAGCUUAUCUGAGUUGCUAGAAAUCCAGCUUCUUACAGAUACAACCAUCCUUCAGGUGUCAUCUAUGGGAAUCACACCAUUUUUUGUUGAAAAUGUCAGUGAGUUGCAGCUAUGCGCUAUAAAGCUGGUCACUGCGGUUUUCUCUAGGUACGAAAAACAUAGGCAACUCAUUUUGGAAGAGCUCUUUACCUCUCUUGCAAGACUGCCAACAAGUAAAAGAAGCCUGAGGAAUUUCCGGCUAAACAGCAGUGAUGAUGAUGGAGAAGCAAUGUAUAUUCAGAUGGUGACAGCGUUGGUGUUACAGUUGAUACAGUGUGUUGUGCAUUUACCUUCAGACAGAGAUCAUGCUGAAGAGGAGUCAAACAAAAAAAUCGACCAGGAUGUUUUCAUCACCAACUCUUAUGAAACAGCAAUGAGAACUGCACAGAACUUUCUCUCUAUUUUCCUUAAAAAGUGCGGAAGUAAACAGGGGGAAGAGGAUUACAGGCCGCUGUUUGAGAACUUUGUCCAGGAUCUUCUAUCUACUGUUAACAAGCCUGAGUGGCCUGCUGCAGAGCUGCUGUUAAGUUUAUUGGGAAGACUACUGGUUCAUCAGUUUAGCAAUAAAUCGACAGAGAUGGCUCUGAGAGUGGCAUCUUUAGAUUAUCUUGGGACUGUAGCUGCACGGCUCAGGAAGGAUGCGGUCACCAGCAAGAUGGAUCAGGGGUCUAUAAACCGCAUUCUGAAACAGGCUCCAGAAGGUGAAGAUGACAUUCAGCAGCUACAAAAAGCACUGCUAGAUUACCUGGAGGAAAAUACAGAGACCGACCCAUCAUUAGUGUUUUCUCGGAAGUUUUACAUAGCCCAGUGGUUUCGUGACACUACGAUGGAGACAGAGAAAGCUAUGAAAUCCCAAAAGGAUGAUGACUCUGAUGGAGCACAACAUGCAAAGGAGGUGGAGUCUACAGGAGAUAUUAUGCGUCGAGCAGAGAAACGGAAAAAGUUUCUUCGAAGCAUCAUUAAAGCUGUCCCAUCUCAAUUUAGCACUUUGAAGUCAAAUUCAGACACUGUGGAUUAUGAUGAUGCGUGUUUGAUUGUACGAUACUUGGCCUCUAUGAGGCCGUUUGCCCAGAGCUUUGAUAUUUAUUUGACUCAGAUUUUGCGGGUACUUGGGGAGAAUGCUAUUGCUGUCAGAACAAAAGCUAUGAAAUGUUUGUCUGAAGUUGUUGCUGUAGAUCCCAGCAUUCUUGCAAGGCUGGAUAUGCAAAGAGGUGUUCAUGGGAGACUAAUGGAUAACUCAACCAGUGUCCGAGAAGCAGCUGUGGAAUUGCUGGGACGGUUUGUGCUCUGUAGGCCGCAGCUCGCGGAGCAGUAUUACGAUAUGCUCGUAGAGCGAAUUCUGGACACUGGCAUCAGUGUAAGGAAGAGGGUCAUAAAGAUCUUGCGGGACAUCUGUUUGGAGCAACCGACCUUUCCCAAAAUCACCGAAAUGUGUGUAAAAAUGAUCAGGAGAGUAAAUGACGAAGAAGGCAUUAAGAAAUUAGUGAAUGAAACAUUCCAGAAACUGUGGUUUACACCAACGCCUCAGAAUGAUAAAGAAGCGAUGACAAGGAAAAUAAUAAACAUCACAGACGUAGUUGCAGCUUGUAGAGAUACUGGCUAUGACUGGUUUGAACAACUGCUUCAAAAUUUGCUAAAGUCAGAAGAGGAUGCCUCCUAUAAACCUGUGAAGAAGGCCUGUACUCAGCUUGUUGAUAAUCUUGUAGAGCACAUACUGAAAUAUGAGGAGUCUCUAGCUGAUUCUGACAGCAAAGGUGUAAAUUCUGGUCGGUUGGUGGCUUGUAUAACCACCUUAUUCCUGUUCAGCAAAAUCAGGCCUCAGCUCAUGGUCAAGCAUGCCAUGACAAUGCAGCCGUACCUAACCACUAAAUGUAGCACACAAAAUGAUUUCAUGGUGAUCUGCAAUGUUGCAAAAAUCUUGGAGCUGGUCGUUCCACUGAUGGAGCAUCCUAGCGAGACCUUCUUGGCAACAAUGGAGGAAGAUCUUAUGAAACUCAUCAUAAAAUACGGGAUGACGGUGGUACAGCAUUGUGUCAGUUGUCUCGGUGCAGUUGUAAAUAAAGUAACACAGAACUACAAGUUUGUUUGGGCCUGUUUUAAUAGGUAUUAUGGUGCUCUUUUAAAGUUAAAAAGUCAGCAUCAGGAAGAUCCAAACAGUACAGUCCUGACCACAAACAAACCAGCACUGCUGCGCUCACUGUUUACUGUUGGAGCACUGUGUCGCCAUUUUGAUUUCGAUCAGGAAGAGUUUAAGGGCAGCAGCAAAGUAAAUAUUUCGGUUAACAUUAAAGAUAAAGUUCUGGAGCUCUUAAUGUAUUUUACAAAGCAUGCAGAUGAGGAGGUGCAGACAAAAGCCAUUAUUGGUCUUGGUUUUUCAUUCAUUCAGCAUCCAGGUCUGAUGUUUGAAGUGGAAGUGAAAAAUUUGUACAACAACAUACUCUCCGAUAAGAACAGUUCUGUAAAUUUAAAAAUCCAAGUUCUCAAAAACCUCCAAACCUAUUUACAAGAAGAAGAUACCCGUAUGCAACAGGCUGAUAGGGACUGGAAAAAGAUGUCCAAGCAGGAAGAUUUAAAAGAGAUGGGCGAUAUUUCCUCAGGGAUGAGCAGCUCAAUUAUGCAGCUUUACCUCAAACAGGUCUUGGAGUCCUUUUUUAGCACUCAGUCCAGUGUACGCCACUUUGCCCUAAAUGUCAUCGCACUGACUUUGAACCAAGGGCUCAUCCAUCCUGUUCAGUGUGUGCCAUAUCUGAUUGCAGUGGGAACAGACCCAGAGCCAGCCAUGCGGAACAAAUCAGAUCAGCAGCUAAUUGAAAUAGACAAGAAAUACACUGGAUUUAUUCAUAUGAAAGCUGUGGCUGGCAUAAAGAUGUCAUACCAAGUGCAGCAAGCAAUUAAUUCAAAUGCAAAUCGGACAGUGCGUGGGUUCCGGCAGGAUGAAUCUAAUAGCGCUUUGUGCUCCCACCUGUACUCCAUGAUCCGAGGGAACCGCCAGCACAGGCGAGCGUUUCUAAUCUCGCUGCUCAAUCUCUUCGAUGAUGCCGCGAAAACAGAAGUGAAUAUGCUCUUGUAUAUAGCAGACAAUCUAGCAUGUUUUCCAUAUCAAACCCAGGAAGAGCCUCUCUUCAUCAUGCAUCACAUAGACAUCACAUUGUCUGUGUCUGGCAGCAACCUCUUGCAGUCCUUCAAAGAGUCAAUGGUGAAGGGGAAACAAAAAGAGAAGCACGUGCCUAUUGAAGACAGCAACAGCGAAAGCGAGGAAGAAGUCUGUCGCCCAAGGAAAACAAGGCGGCGAAGACACUCCGGGUCUGACUCUGAUGGAGAAGACAAUGUGGAAUAUGUGCUUAGAUGCCUCCCAAAUAAUGCUUCUCCUCUCAUUGAGUUUGCAAAUGCCUCCCAAGGAAUCUUAUUGCUACUGAUGCUCAAGCAGCAUAUAAAGAACCUUUGUGGGUUCUCGGAUAGUAAAAUUCAGAAGUAUUCCCCAUCUGAAUCAGCUAAAGUGUACGACAAGACGAUAAACAGAAAACAAGGUAUCCAUUUCCACCCUAAGCAGACCCUUGAAUACUUAAAGAGGAAUAUGACGAAGAUUAAUGAUGAUCUCAAGAGGACAAUUGCAAAACAAUAUUUGGAUUUCAAGUUGCUGAUGGAGCACUUGGAUCCCGAUGAAGAGGAGGAGGAAGGUGAGGUAUCGGCGAGCACGGAUGCCAGAAAUAAAGCCAUUACCAACUUACUAGGAGGUAACAGUCCUAAAAACAAUGUGGCUGAGACAGAGGAGGAAGAGAGUGAUGGGGAGGAGAAAGCAGGGGGCACAUCAGGGAAAGGGUUUAGCGGAAAAGGCAAAAAAAAACGUAGAAAUUGAGAUUUAUCCAAAGUAAAAGCUAAGAAAAUCAAAAAGAUUAUCAGAUUCUUCGGAUGUGGCAGCGCAGAUGAACGAAACUGUAGAUGUCCAAGAUGUUAUUGCAAUUUGUUGUCCAAAGUACAAGGAUCGGCCACAGAUUGCAAAAGUAGUGCAGAAAACCAGCCAUGGCUUCAGUGUUCAAUGGAUGGCAGGCUCCUACAGUGGCACCUGGGCCGAAGCCAAACGCCGGGACGGCAGAAAACUGGUGCCUUGGGUAGACACUAUCAAAGAGUCAGACAUUAUUUACAAAAAAAUUGCUCUGACGAGCGCUAAUAAGCUGACUAAUAAAGUUGUUCAGACUUUACGAUCGCUGUAUGCAGCCAAGGACGGGACUUCCAGCUAAUGAAUUUGUAUAUUUGCAGCCAAAAUUUACAGGAAUCCAGAAACACACACAAACUUGAAAAAAAAAAACAAAAACCUGCAUUCUGGCAAAAAUUAAUUAAAAAAAAAACUACAAAAACCCCUAAACACACACACAAAAAGGUGAUCAGUUUUAUCGCAACGUAAACAAAAAAAACCAACAAAGCAAAACGGGAACUUGGCCGUCAGAAGGAAAUGUUUGGUAAACAUUGUGUGGGAGCUUCCUUCGCUGUUGUACAGCAGAAACCGUCUCAGUUCAUUUUUACUCCCACUGUAUUAUAGUUUAACAAAAAUUGUUUAUAUCUUGAAGAAUACUUUCUGUUUAAAAAAAAGACAAACGCAAAAAAAAACAAAAAAAAAAACAACGAAAAAAUAAACAAGUGAAUGUUGAAAAUUAGUCUGUUAAUGUUCUUAAUAAAGUGUUCUUGGAGUUUAAUAACCUAGCAGCGGAUGGCUUUCUUUAGCUUAGCCCGGGCUCCAGGGGAGCACUCAUUUCCCUUUUACUCUUUUACUUUUUAUUUUCUUUCAUUUUAUUUUUUUAAUCCCCGGCUGUAAAGUGGCAGAAUGCUCUGGAUAUAUAUAAUUUAUUCUGUUUAAAAGAAACAAAACAAAAAAAAGCAUGCAGUAUCUACGGCCUAUCUGCAGGAGGAGGGUGUUUGUUAUUUUUGUUUUUUCUUUUUUUUUUUUUUUUUGUAAAUGUAGAUUUUGAUGUAUUAGGUCACCCUGAAAAAUAACACGAGACAAACACAAAAAGGGAUCCCCCCCAGACGACCUGGCGGAGAUAAUACUGCAAUAAAUUUUUUUUACUUCUUUGUUACUUGUCUGUUUCCAUUCAACUUUCUUGAUGUAAAGCUGUUUUGAAUUGGAUUAUAUUAUUUUGCAGUCUUUUAUGUAAAGAUAAACAAACAAACAAAAGUUUCCUAUCAGUCGUUUUCAACUUAAGGCAUAAAUAUUGUUUAUACGGUUUGUAUAGGCUGACUUGGAAAUAACUGCUAUCUUUAUUUUCACCCCUAUGAAAGGGUAUAGACACGAUUUAACUCCCGAUUUUAUUGUAUCCUUGAAAUAUUUAGUGUUAACCAUAUGAUUUAGCACUGUGCCAAACACAUUUUCAAGAAUGUUUGAUAUAAAAAGAAACUAUAGUUUA